AUGGGCAAACGAUCAAUACUUUAUGUACAUGUCAUAGUAUGGGCAUUAAUCCUGGAAAGGAUAACAGGAAACAGUUUUCCUCCGGAAAUUUUGAAUGGAAAUGUAAACGAAAGAAUUCCAGAAAACACGAAAUUUGGCGUUACAGUAGCAACUGUUACGGCGUCAGACAGAGACCCCCAAUUUCCUGACAACGAGAUCAGAUUCCGGAUGUUUGCAGUUAAACCAACUUUAGAUUUCUUUGCAAUAGAAACUGAGACAGGAAAUAUAUUUUUGAAAAGAGAUUUGACUACAGAUACCUCUGAUACAUACCAGAUGUAUGUGCAAGCCUAUGAUAUGGGAUCUCCCUCCAAGACAUCAGCUACAAAUGCCACAGUGACAAUAGAUGUAUACAGGAACCUACGAGACCCCUUCUUCAGUGGGGGACCAUUUGCUGCCAACAUUCCUGAGACUUCUGUCAUUGGAACUUCUGUACUACAAAUCAACUUUGGUGACAGUGACACUGACGCACCAUUCAACACAGUGACUGUAUCUGCCAUUGGAGAUGACAAAGCCCUGACUUAUUUCAGACUGGAAAGUUAUAGACAAAUUGUUGUAAACAGUGAUCUGAAAGCAGACUCGGACUUUCAGUAUCUGAUGAGAAUUUUGGCUCAAGAUGGUGGAUCUCCUCCAAGAACAGCAACCACGGUAGCUACUAUAACAGUGCAGCGCAACAUCAAUAGUCCAGUCUUUGAAAGACAGUCUUAUAAUGAGACAAUUCUUGAAACACGACAACUUGGUCUUUCCUUCCUGCAAGUAAAAGCAACAGAUGGAGAUACUAGGGUACCAUACAAUGAAGUACGAUAUUUAAUAAGCUCAGAUGCAGGAAGUGCUUUGGGAGCCCAGUAUUUCAUAGUGGAUGAUGUCACUGGCGACAUCAGUCUUCGCCAGUCUCCCAAGCUGGAUAACGCCAAAACUGUUGAUUACACUUUUACUGUGAAUGCUGUAGACAGAGGUGGUCGCUCGGCAACAAUACCUGCUAGCGUUCGAGUGACAGUGAUUCGAAACACCAACGCUCCAGUCUUUACCAAUCUGCCCAAUGCCAAUCAGAUCAACCAUAAUACCUCAAUAGGAACCCAAGUCUUCCAGGUGUCGGCUAGAGAUCCAGAUCCUGGUGUGUUUGGACAACUCACAUACAGUCUUACAGGGGAUGGAGAAUCCACCAGUGUUUUCGACAUUAACCGAACCUCAGGGGUCAUAACUCUGCAGCAGUCACUGUUCUCUCAAACUUCUACCCUUUAUACGUUGAGAGUACGUGUCCAGGAUGGGGGCAGUCCGAGGAAGGAAGCUAUGAACACCCUGACAUUGACUGUUCAACGAAAUUUUGAAACUCCCCGCUUUGUCUCAAACAGUUAUACAUUCACAAUCAAGGAAAAUGAACCAAUCGGAUUUAGUGUUGGACAAAUAGUUGCGACAGAUGCUGACUCAGCUCCACCAAACAAUUUGGUAGAGUACUACUUCGUAGGGUCGACACCAUCACAGAGGUUUUUAAUUGAUUCUAGGACGGGAGUUAUUACCAUUAGAAAGGACCUGACCACCGAGGAAACCCCAUCUUCUUAUACUUUCCGGGUUCAAGCAAGAGAUUCGGGUUCACCACAGAGACUUAGUCAGGAAAUCCCACUGACCAUUAAUGUUCAACGAAAUGACUAUGAUCCAUUGUUUGGCAACUUGCCAUUCAGUGUGACAAUACCAGCAAAUGCUAAUCAAUUUUCAACUGUUUACACUGUAAACUCAACUGAUGCAGACACUGUGCUUGAUUUCCAACGCCGAGAAUAUGAUAUCAUAGGAGAUGAUGCUGCCACAAGUUUGUUUGCUGUGGACGCAACAGCUGGUAGAAUAACAAUAAGUUCUCUGCUGACUUCAGAUCCAGCUGUACAAUAUAGGGUUAGAGUGCGUGUAAGAGACUUCGGAACUCCUAGACACUCAUCAACAAGCCUGCUUUUAGUCAAUGUGACCAGAAAUCUGAAUGCUCCACAAUUCAAUCCAACUCAAUACUUUGCCACUAUCUUAGAAACCCAGCCCUUGGGGUCCAACAUACAACAAGUGUCCUCUAGCGACCUUGACACAACGGCACCAAAUAAUGUACCUACGUAUACAUUGAGUGGAAAUGCUUUAGCACUCCAGUACUUCCAAGUCAAUCCAAGUACAGGACUCGUCUCCCUUUAUAAGGAUCUACGAGAUGAUACAGCAACUUCUUAUACUCUCACGGUGACUGUAGCUGACAAUGGUUCCCCAUCACUUACUGGAACAAACACGGCCACAGUGACAGUGCAGGUCAACAGGAAUCUACAGCCCCCACGCUUUAUCAAUGCUCCCUACAGUUCCACCAUUACAAGGCUUGUUACAGACAACUCUCUUUUGCCUGGAGUGACAGUUUCUACGGCUGAUGAUGAUACUGUGAGUCCAUUUAGAGAUGUUACAGUGAGCGUGAUUGGGGACGAUUCAGCAGUGAGCCUGUUUGAGUUAGUGGGAUCAAGUGUUCGUGUUCGAAAUGCAGCAAAUUUAGCAGCAGACACAGCUAACACAUACAAGCUUCGGCUGUUGGCAGAGGAUGGAGGUUCUCCAAGGAAAACUGCUACUACAACCAUAGAUAUCACUGUGAGAAGAAAUAUAGUGCCCCCACAGUUUAACCCUACAGCAUAUAACGCAACCAUCCUGGAGAAUUACCCUGUCGGAAGUGAAAUUGUGACGGUGUCUGCCACAGACUCAGACCCACAGCCCCCAAACAACCAGUUUAAAUACAGUAUAACUGGUGAUACAACUGCUAUGACCUACUUCUACAUCAAUCCAGACUCGGGGCGCAUUUCUCUCAAACAGUCCAUCAAAGGAACUGGAGUUAACCAAUUCAGAUUACAAGUGACCGCUACAGACGAAGGAACGCCACCUCUGAGCGGACAAGCCAUUGUGACUGUGGAUGUAACCAUUGAUGACACACUGAGGUUCACACAACUCCAACCAUACAUUGCCAGCAUUGAUGAGAACGACCCUGUAGAUAGAGGGUUUAUUACAGUUAUAGCCACACCCCAGCCGAAUAUCAAAUACUCCAUUGUUGGCUUCAGUGAUAGUCCUGAUUACUUUAAAAUUGAUGAGAACACAGGUGUUAUAUCUGUAAAAACUGAUCUCCGAAAGGACCUAUCCAAAAGAUUUAAAUAUUUGAUUCAAGUAAGAGCAGAAAAACAGUUUCCUAAUGGACUUCAGUCUGUAGAGAAUCUGGUCAAUGUUACGGUUCUGAGAAACAUCAACGCACCUGUGUUCAACUCCACUCAGUACCAAGCAAACAUCAAUGAAAAGUAUGGCCUUGGACAGUCAGUGGUGCAGGUGUUUGCCACAGAUCUUGAUACUCAGGAUGUUCUCCUCUACUCCAUCAUUGAUCAGGCUGGGGAGACGGAACCAUUUUACAUGGCUCCUAGCACAGGAAUUAUCACCUUAAAGCAGCUACUGACCGGCACAACUAAAGCAAGAUAUGCAUUUACGGUGCGAGUUAGGGAUCAGUCCAAACCAGAGAGAUUUGGGCAGUCAACAGUAGUCAUCAACGUGAGAAGGAACAGCCAGCCUCCUGUCUUUGAAAGAACACCUUAUGGUGCACCCAUUAACUACAACCAGGCUCCAGGACCUGUGUAUACUACCUCUGCUAGAGAUCCUGACUUAACGGGUACCUUGACGUAUGAAGUAAUUGGAUACUUCUCCGCUCCAGGUUACUUCACUGUCAACUCCAAUGGAGAGGUCAUUCUGCUGUCUAGUUUAGCCAGUGAUACAGCUCUCUCUUACACGCUUGGUUUGGCAGCUUAUGAUAGUGAUUAUCCCAAUGAUAAGGCAUAUGCAAAUGUUACACUUACUGUCAAUCGUAACCCCAAUGCUCCAGAUUUCACCAACCCAUCCUACAGUAUCACUGUCACUGAAAGUUACCCUCUGGCAGUUAGUCUGCUACAAGUCUCAGGCCAGGAUGCUGAUCAGCAUGUUGUUGAGUACAUUCUGGAAUCCAGCAAUCCUAUAGAUGGCACUCAGUUCUUUUAUUUGAACCCAUCCACUGGUGUACUGACUGUGUCCAGACCUCUCACUGAGACAGGGACACAGACUUUCACUCUUCAAGUUUGUUUGAGGGAUAAUGGAAUUCCAGCGAGAUCAUCUGCAACAACUGCCCCAGUAACUAUAUUUAUCACAAGGAAUAACAACGGUCCUAUAUUUGCUGGCACUUUUACCACAAGUAUAAAUGAGACAACACCAACAAGCACAGCUGUACUCACAGUGACAGCUACUGAUAGUGAUCCUAAUACAUCACCUUAUGGACAACUGAAAUAUCGUAUAAUAGGAGAUGGAGAUUUCACUCAAUUCUUCAAUAUUGAUGCAACAACAGGAAGUAUAUUAGUUCAACGUCCGCUAACCUCACAAGACAAUGCUCUUUAUCAGGGACGAAUUGUGGCAGAGGAUGGAGGCUCCCCUCCCAGAUCAGCUACUGCCACUGCUAUUAUCAACAUUCUAAGGAACAUAAAUUCCCCGGUAUUCAAUCCAAAAAAUUACUCGAUCACUAUUGAUGAAACUCAUCAAGUGGGCCAGAAUGUAAUUACUGUAACAGCCUCGGAUGCAGAUCGAGUUGCUCCAAACAACCAAAUAGUAUACACGAUAAUAAAUAGUAAAACCGCAGAAUUCUAUUAUUACCUGGACCCAAAGACGGGACACAUAUAUCUAAAACAGUGCACAACUGGGAAAGAACUCCUAUUCGUUUUUAAUGUUACCGCAACUGAUAGAGGCUUCCCUGCUUUGAGCGACAACGCCAUAAUUAACGUAGAAAUCAAGGAAUGUCCAAAAUGUAAGACAAACUUGCAUUCACCAAGAUUCUUUGCACCCAUUUACUUUGUAAAUAUUCGGGAAGGAAACUAUUCAAAAACCAAUCUUAAUCUUAUUCAGAUAUCUGCCACAGAUGACGAUGAUGGAAAUGACGGUGAAAUAUUAUUUGAUAUCCAGAGCGUUUCUAACAAUGGGGAUGACAAAUUUAAGUUAGAACAAGAUCAGUUUAAUACCAAUGCUAAUGUAAUUUGUUCAGGAGCCGUAAACAGAUGUGAAACCUAUUUAAUCAUGGUUCGAGCGUCUGACCAAUCUUUCCAAAUGGAGAGAAGGAGGCAUUCAACCGUUCCUGUAGAAGUUAGAGUUGUUCCAUUUUCAACAUACGCCAACAAGUGUACUUUUACAUAGACAAUUAAGACAUAAAAAAAAACCUUCUUCAUUUUAGCCAAUUUUUAACUUGCUAAGCGCACGCGCUAGUGCUAAUUAGGGAUGCAUCAAAUUUUAUGAUUUUUUCCUUAGCACCACCUAGUUAUCAUGCAGACCAACAAAUUUAUCAACAUGAUAUGUUUGAAAAAAAAUUGUUGCAUAACUUUGACCUGUUGAUUCAUGUCGUGAUUUUCUCAUGCAUUUUGUCGAUGUUUAUAUGUCAUUGCAUUUAGUCAUAUUUCACAAAGGUACGGUUAGUCUUUGUUUUCACUAACUUAGUAUCAAAACUUGCCCUACACUAAAUAUAUGGACAAGGUUAGCAUUUUAAAAAGGUAAUGAAGUCAGCCAGCGGAAUAAUAUUUUUAAUUAAAAGUGAAUACACAAUCUAUAAAAAUACAAGAUUUAUAAUUUUCAGAACAAUAAUGUUUCAGUUCAGGGUCGGAGACAGACAUGCAGCGGUACAAAGUAUGACUGCACACCUACUUAUUUAUUAGACGUUGCAAAGAUCGCUCUUUAAAUUUCAUGGUCCCGUUGCAAACCACUGUCGAUUUACAAGGGUUGAUCAUAAAGUAAUGUUACACUAUGCACCGCUUUUUACACUGGCGCUGUAUUGUAUAAAAUAGCACAUCAAAAUUUUCUGUAUCGAAAUUCUAAUUUGAAGAAAAAUUUUGAUUAAAUUUCCAUUAACAAGGUAUUCUUGUUUAUAGCAUAAUAUGUAUGUGACAUCGCCGCAUCAUAAAUUUACUUUUUUUAAAAGUUUUAAUUUAUGAAUAAAUUACAUGCUUACAUCCUCUCAAAUUCGAGAAAUAUACAAUGUAGAUAUGCAGACUCUGAGAUCGUGGCUGCAUAUGUUAUUACUGACGGUCUGAUGCACAGUUUGACCUAUUUAGAAAAUGACCAGUAUUAUAACUUCGACUUUUUUUUUAACACAGACUGUCUAAUUCCUUUCCAGAAUUCCAAUGUGCAUAAGGGCAAUAAUCGAAUUUUCACCCCAACUUAGUUAGUCAGUCCGUGGGUUGAAUAAUCAGUUAAUAUACAUUACAAAUCCCUAAAUUAAUUUAUAUGAUAUGCUCACAGUCUGGUUCAUAUCAUGCAAUCUCAUGAAACAUUUUUUUCUUUCUGUAUAAUUAUGGUUUGAAAAUAUUAAAAUUUGACAUUUGUAAAAGUAGCAGUAAGGCUGGCUAAGCGCUUUCCAGAACUUUGAGUACUUUGAUUUAAAAGUUGAGAUUUUUCAGAUUAACUUUACUCAAUGUCGAAUCAAAAUGUUUAUGCUUGACUGUACAUUUUCCUCUCACCUCAAAGGUAUCUUGUUUUAUCAUUUUGUAUCUAUUUCCAAUUUAAGUUGGGUCUUAAACAAAACAAAUGUAUAAUACAAUAUUAAAUUGAGCCAUUCUGUCAAAUAAUUACGUUUAUAUUGAUUUC